AUGCAACGUUUGCACAGUGAUGGUGCCUCAAAUGUUCAUGGCAAUGUUAUGCGGGAAGUCGCCAAAAUCUUGGGUAUAGGUAAAUCCAAGUCUUCGCGUCUCCACCCACAAGGUGAUGGCCUUUCUGAGGCAAUGGUAAAACUAGUUAAGUCCUGUGUGCAGAAACAAAUUGAUCAACAUGGCUGUAACUGGGACACGUUCUUGCAAUCAGCUGUCUACGCCAUUCGUUCAAGUGUUAAUAAUAGCACUAAAGUUACACCUGCUGAACUUAUUCUUGGUGCUAAACUUUCUUUACCAACUGCGUUGCUGUUUAAUAAAUCACCACAGCAACAGAUUCAACAGUCUGCUCCACACCAUGUGAAACAAGCUCAAGCUUUUGCCAAUGACAUCGGUACGUGCCUUAAAAACUCCUUUACAAAUGUUCGCAGUAUUCUCAACCAGAGCAGAGAAAGAAUGAAACAACAGUACGAUAAAAAAACUACCCAACAUCAUUAUAAGAUCAAUGAUACUGUCAUGUUAUGGAACCCACCUCAGAAAAGGGGUAUUUCACGUUGUUUUCAACCAAAGUGGUCGGGGCCUUGGACAAUCACCCACUUGAUAGGAGAUCUGAAUUGUAAGCUUGUUGACGCCAGUGGCAAAGCCAGUCCUACUAUUCAUGUCAAUCAACUGAAGUAUAUACCUCCAAGAUCAAUCCACUUACUCAAAAAAGCAACUGACCCCCUACCUGCAAAGGAACCUCCUAAGAAAAAAGUCUGUGAUAUUUUUGCUGACCUAACCAAUACCAAGACAACAAAUCUCAUUGAUGAUAGAGUACACGUCGAGGGUGCAAGAGGAGGAGGGAAUACAGGGGACUUGAACCAUGGAGAACAACAAGAAGAUAAUAACAACAUGAUCAACAGAAAUUGGUGCAGAAUAGACAUUGCAAACAUACUACCAAACAGAACUCGUUCACAUUCACUAACAUAG